UUCAGAUUCGGUGAUGGGCUGAAGCCACAUUUGGCACGCCAUUCUUUAUGCUUAGCGCUCCCCGGCUCCAUCGGCGGACGCGACCACUAUAUAUACACUUUUACUCUGUGCUCGGUUUCAGGUCCAGUCCUAGUUUCACCCUGUUUCAUGACUUUCAUCUGAUUAUACCUCUAUCCCUGCAUUGCGCAAAUCUACGAAAAGCACAACGUUCUCGGCUCUGUACACGACCUACGACCUAGGAGUGCAGCAGAAUAACUUACAAGCAUACCGUCAUGUCCGAAUCCGCUGGGGAGAGGGAACCCCUCAUCGAGUCGGUAGCUGGUCAGCCCGGUGCGGCAAUGGGGGCAGUCCUGCCACCACCACAUACAAAGGAUAAUAAACGAGAAGGACCUCUGGAGAUUUCACGCCCAACGCGGUAUGGCAUAUUAGCUGGUAUAUGGACAGCGACCUUUCUUUCCUCUUUGAAUACCACCCUUGUUGCUACCUUGCUCCCCUCCAUCUCUUCCGAGUUCAAUAAGUCGCAUCAAGCACAUUGGCUUGGCACCUCGUAUCUUCUCGCGACCUGUACAUUCACGCCAUUGUACGGACGUCUAUGCAAUGUAAUGGGUCGUAGAGACGCCAACCAAAUGGCCGUCUACUUCGCGGCUGUGGGCACAGCAGCAUGUGGGUUCUCUGGUAACAUGGAAUGGCUCAUCGCCGCAAGAUUUCUUUCUGGUCUGGGUGGAGUAUGGCGUACCGUUUGCUGAAAAAAUAAACACUAUAUAUAUCAAAGUCAACAAGAUAUAUCAAACAUCGAGCACUAGUAUCUAUAACAAAGCGAGUACUAUAUCAAUCAAACGACACUCAACAUAUAUACAACACGACUCAAUAUAUAUAUUUCAAACAUGGGGUCGACACUUUCAUAUAUAUAUAUAACUUUCGGCGACCGGCC